AUGGCUUCCGAACGUUACAGUUUUUCACUGACCACCUUCAGCCCGUCUGGAAAGCUUGUCCAGAUCGAGUAUGCUUUGGCAGCUGUUGCCUCUGGCGCUCCGUCGGUCGGAAUCAAAGCCGUAAAUGGCGUCGUCAUUGCUACUGAGAAGAAGCAAAAGUCGAUCAUCUCUGAGGAGCACAGUAUCUUCAAAGUGGAACAGGUCACCGACCACAUUGGCAUGAUUUACAGUGGCAUGGGUCCCGAUUACCGUCUUCUCGUUCGUCGAGCUAGGAAGAUCGCCCAGCAGUACCAGCUGAUUUACUCGGAUCCCAUUCCGACCACUCAACUUGUGCAACGUGUCGCUCAAAUUAUGCAGGAGUACACUCAGUCCGGUGGUGUCCGUCCAUUCGGCGUCUCUUUGCUAAUCUGUGGCUGGGACAACGGGCGUCCUUAUUUGUUUCAAUGCGAUCCAUCGGGCGCUUACUUUGCUUGGAAAGCUACUGCUCUAGGCAAGAAUCACGUCAAUGGCAAGUCCUUUCUCGAAAAAAGAUACAGCGAAGAUCUCGAGCUAGAAGAUGCUAUUCAAACUGCAAUUUUGACUCUCAAGGAAGGCUUCGAAGGACAGAUGACGCAGGACAACAUUGAAAUUGGAAUUUGCAACAAGAGUGGCUUCAAGCGACUUACUCCAGCCGAAGUAAAGGACUACCUCGCCACAAUUGGAUAA